AUGGCCAUGUCCACCAUGUCUGUCUGCUCCAGUGCUUGCAAUGACUCCUGGCAGGAGGACAACUGCCCAGAGAGUUUCUGUGAACCCCCCUGCUGUACCCCCAGCUGCUGCACCCCAGCCCCCUGCCUGAGCCUGGUCUGCACCCCAGUGAGCUGUGUGUCCAGCCCCUGCCAGUCAGUCUGCAUCAGCUCCUGCACACCUUCAUGCUGCCAGCAGUCUAGCUGCCAGCUGGCUUGCUGUACCUCCUCCCCCUGCCAGCAGGCUUGUUGUAUGCCUGUCCACUACAAGCUCAUCUGCUGCAUGCCUAUCUGCUCUGAGCCUUCCUCUUCAUGCUGCCAGCAGUCUAACUGCCAGCCUUCCUGCUGUACCUCCUCCCCCUGCCAGCAACCCUGCUGCAUGCCUGUCUGCUGCAAGACUGUGUCCUGCAAGCCCGUCUGCUGUGUGCCCACCUGCUCUGGGGCUUCCUCUUCAUACUGCCAGCAAUCUAGCUGCCAGCCUACUUGCUGCCUCUCCUCCUGCUGCAGACCCUCCUCCUGCGUGUCCCUCCUCUGCCGCCCUGUGUGCAGGCCAGCCUGCUGCGUGCCCACCUCCUCCUGCUGUGCCCCUGCCUCCUCCUGCCAACCCAGCUGCUGCCGCCCGGCCUCCUGCGUGUCUCUUCUCUGCCGCCCUGCAUGCUCCCGCCCAGCCUGCUGUGGCCUCACCUCGGGCCAGAAGUCCAGCUGCUGA